AUGCCGAAACCAGCUAUGGUGGCUUUCACCUGGGGAUUCGCACUUUCGACUGCAGCUGCUAUUCGCAAAAAGGUGAUCUUAUUGUCUCUACUUACUGUGGAUGACGUGAAAAAUCAUCUAUAUGCCAGUGCAGCCGUGGGAGCGGUCAUAUCGGCUAUGAGUAAGGGUCACUUAGUUCAUAAGAAACAACUUUGCGUCGGGAAUCAGUAUGGGAUUGUUGACACUGGUUCUUGGGACUUUCUGGCAAUAUGCACGUGUGUCGGAGGAUGGCAUGAUGGGAAUGGUCGUCCAGCCAACUAG